AUGUCAUCGACAAAGAGAAACAUCUACAAUGAAGUGGACAUUUCCACUUCUUCCAACGGGGGCCCUCAGGUCUCCUCAUGGCUCCCUAUUCUCGACAAGACACUUUCCUCACUCCUAAGCUGGGCAGGCUCUUAUCCGGCUCACAUCCGGGACUUUCAUCUCGCCUUUCUUCGUGAGACUGUGGUCCCGCGCCUUAAGCAGCCUGCCGCCGCUGACAGGUUGCAUUACAUUCUGACCCACAACCACUCGCCAUACGAAGCAAGCAUCGCGUUUGCACGUGGGAAAAAGGCUAAAGUGCGGUUUACGGUACAGCCACUAGUGAAUCUUGACCCUGCGGGCGACGACCCUAUAGGGCAGAAGAGACUGCGCGAGAAGCUGGAAGGUCUGGCGUCUGCAUGCAGCGCCGAUCGUACCUGGCUGGACGUCUUUGUCAAUUCUGUCUUUCUUACUGAUGAGGAGGAGGCGGGCUUGGUUAAAAAGGCGACUAAUAGAUGUGGUUCUUCCGCUGCGCUGCCGCGGCAGAUCUGCUAUGCCGGUUUUGAUCUCGAAUCCGAUGAGGAUGAGACCGGGAAAGCGGCCAUCGGCAUGAAGGCAUAUUUGUUCCCGCAGCUCAAAGCUCUUGCAACGGGCCGGGAACUAGUGGAAAUAACGGACUCCGUUGCGACACAACUUGCCAAGAGCGACAAGAAGAUGAUGGCCGCCUGGGAGUUGCUCAGGGCCUUUCUCGUCUCAUACGGCGAAGACAACAUUAACAUUUAUUUCCUCGCCAUCGACUGCCUGGAGCCACAGAUGAAGCCUCGCUUUAAAGUUUACGCCCACACACACGCCAACUCACUUGCCUCGGCCCGACAUGUCUUUACUCUGGGUGGCCGCCUUGAUGCUUCCUCCGCCAACUUUCUACCGCAAGUGUGGCCCCUGCUCAUGGACAUGGAAGAUGUUCCUCAGUCCAAAAUAGACACCAUGGAAAAGCCACUCAACCAGCCUGACAGCAAGUAUUGCGGGCUUUGCUUCGCCUUCGAGCUGGUGCCGGGCAAGGUGGUCCCACAAGUAAAGAUGUACGUGCCCAUGUGGCAGUACGCGCGCGAUGAAGGCGGAAUCGUGGAGCGCUACGAGCGCAUACUCCAGACACAGGAUAUGAUGGGUAAUUACAACUUUGGAGCUGCUAUUAAAGAUGCCUUCGGGGACGACAGAGAGACGGGUUUGCAUACCAUGGCAUCAAUUUCGUCUUCUGAAAAGGGUGUAGGCCUUAGCGCAUACUUUGGGCCAAGGUUUUGGGAGUGA